UCGCCGCCGUGCGUGCGAUAGGCCGACCUAAACAAAAAAGCGCUCCUCACAUCCCACCUCGGAGGAGAUUAGCGGUCACAAUAGAGCCAGGGGGAGGCAAAACCCGUGACAUUCGCGCAGGGGGACAGCGGCACACGGGGCUGAAGGAGGACGGACGACACGCGCCUGAGCGGUCCAUCUCGUGCGGAGAUAGUCCACACUUGGACGACACUUUGUCAUCUCCGGUUGUCAAAGCGCUUUACUGUCGAUGACACAGCAGCAUCAGUUGCGACUGGUGCUUCAGUACCUUGACUGCUCUGACAUGGGCGCAGGGCUCAGCACUAAACCCACAACCUCUGUGUUGGGAAACAAACACCCUACCACCUGAGCCAUCCUCCACGAUAUGGCACAGCUCGUCCGAUUUUAAUCCACACAAUCUCUGGUCAAAAGUAAGAAGCUUAAUCUCCUUGCACGAGGCUACAACUGAAGACGGUUUUCCUUGCAUAGCCACCGCGGCAGCAGAGAAGACAUGAGUGAGGAUAAACCUGCAGAGAGUAUGGAGACGGCCCCCGCUGAGAUGAAUUCUAUCCCCAACGGGAAAGGUCACGAUGCGGUCGAUGAGCUGACUGCAUCGUCCAAAACCUCACCUGUGGAUGAUGGGCCAACGGAAACGGUACCCAACAGUGCCCUGAAUGUUAGUCCUAACAGAACUGAAAAUACAACAGCUAACCAGCCAGAAGGACAAGAGCUCUCAUCAGGUGCAGACAACAGCAAAACUACACGAUUUACUGAUUUUGAGGGAAAAACAUCAUUUGGGAUGUCCGUCUUCAACUUGGGCAACGCAAUCAUGGGAAGUGGAAUCCUUGGACUGGCAUACGCAAUGGCCAACACAGGAGUUGUUCUCUUUUUGGUUCUCCUAACAGUGGUGGCCGUCCUUUCAUCAUAUUCCAUUCAUUUACUGCUCAAGUCUUCUGGUAUUGUAGGUAUCCGUGCUUAUGAGCAGCUCGGCUACAGGGCUUUUGGCACUCCGGGAAAGAUGGCGGCAGGUAUUGCCAUCACGCUGCAAAACAUCGGAGCCAUGUCUAGUUAUCUGUACAUAGUCAAGUAUGAGUUUCCUUUGGUCAUUCAAGCCUUCCUUAAGGUGGAUAAGCCAGCAGGUGAAUGGUACUUGAACGGCAACUACCUUGUGAUCAUUGUAUCCAUCGCCGUUAUUUUGCCGCUGGCGCUCAUGAAGCAGCUUGGGUAUUUGGGAUACACCAGUGGCUUCUCCUUGAGCUGCAUGGUGUUCUUCCUCAUCGCGGUGAUUUACAAGAAGUUCAACGUCCCUUGCCCGUUCGUGGACUUUGCCGUCAAUGGCACUGCCGGUGGUCUCCUGAACAUCACGGAUCCCGGUGGGAUGGACGACCUCUCCUGCCUUCCCAAAAUGGCCAACCUCAACUCUCAAACUGCCUACACCAUUCCCAUCCUGGCGUUUGCCUUUGUGUGCCACCCUGAGGUGCUGCCCAUCUACACAGAGCUACGCAACCCCACCAAGAAAAAGAUGCAACAUGUGGCCAACAUGUCCAUUACAGUCAUGUACGUCAUGUAUUUCCUGGCUGCUCUCUUUGGCUACUUGACCUUCUAUGGUGAAGUGGAGGCCGAGCUGCUUCACACCUACAGUCGCAUUGACCCGUAUGACACGCUGAUUUUGUGUGUGCGCGUUGCCGUGCUCACUGCUGUCACACUCACUGUGCCCAUCGUGCUCUUUCCCGUACGAAGGGCCAUCCAGCAGAUGAUGUUCCCAAACAAGACCUUCAACUGGCCACGCCACAUCGCCAUAGCAUUCACCUUGCUCACCUUCAUAAACCUGUUGGUCAUCUUUGCCCCAAACAUCUUGGGCAUCUUUGGGAUCAUCGGUGCCACGUCUGCCCCUUGUCUUAUCUUCAUCUUCCCUGCUGUCUUCUACAUUCGCAUUGUGCCCAAAGAAGAGGAGCCACUGCGCUCAACCCCCAAAAUCCUGGCGGCUUGCUUUGCUGGGCUCGGCUUCCUGUUCAUGAUAAUGAGUCUCAGCUUUAUCAUUAUUGACUGGACUUCAGGCAGCAGCAAAGCCAGCACAGGCCACUAAACGGCCUUCGAGUUCUGUCCAGGAAUUUAACUUUCCUUUUGGUUCAUUUAGUUUAUGUGUUGUUAUUCUUCAUGGUUUUACUUUGGAUCUUCCAUAGAGAAUUUUGAAAGAGUGACAGAUUUAAGAGGACGCUUUGUCCCCGCACAAAACAAACUUUGUACUGUACAUCUUGCCACACAACUACCGGACAAACUGAUUUUUUGUUUUUGUUUUGUUUUUUGAGAGCGUGUGCCUUGUUAGGUGAGAUGUAUAUAAGAUGGAAACACAACAGUGUAGGAAACUGAUUUCUUUCCACAUUCAUCUGUCACUGUGAUGACCGUGAGCCUAUGGCACAUCAUGCUAUGCUAAUCUGGUUAUCAGUGCUGCUAAGAUUGCAAUACACACAUUCCUUUCAGCCAAUUCGAACAUCAAAAAUGUACUGAACUGAAGAAAUGCUUCUACAAUAUAGCCGCAACGUUCAGCUUCCAUCCAAGCCGUUGUGUAGCACAGACAUAGCACAUUUACAACAACAUUCCGUUCUCUGCGAUCAAACUGAAUGUUUUUAAUUGUGUUAAAAAAUAAGUUUGCGCCUACUCAAUUCCAAUGUAGCUUCUGGCUGUCCUAAAAUGAUUUAAAAUGAAUAUUUUACAAGUGGUGCCUUGAGAUACGAAUUUGUCUUCUUUCACA